UGCUCUCACUCCACUACCACCAGAAAUAACAGUACCCCUCUCUCUCUCUCUCUCUCAGUUCCAAACCCUAACUCUCUCUCUCUCUCUCUCUCUGUAUCUGAUCGUAGCUUCUCUUCUCUGCAAACGUAACUUCCAUAGCUUUCUUGAGCAGAAAUCUGUAUUGAAAAUGGUGAUGCUGCUAGAUUCUCAACUCAGUUUGUCUUAACUUUGAUUUCAACUAAUCGAUUUGGGGCCUGAAUAUACAUAUUUGUGUAUGUACGUGUGUAGAUGAGUAGAUAGAUACAGAUAUACACACACUGUUUCUCUGCCGAAUGUGGUUGAUGUUGUUAGCAGGUUCGAUCAGCAAAAAGUGUUUCGUUCUUCGAAUUCUUGUUCGAGGUCAUUUACGAUGAGCUGGUUCAAAUACACUACAGCUGAAGAUCUUCGAAAUGUAGUUGAGUGAGGAAACAAGACUUGAUUAUUUCGCUCGAUUUGUCAAGUUUAUGCACAAAUUGGGGGUUUGGGAACAUACAAUUGGUUUAGAUUUGAUGAUUUUGUUAAGUUUUGGUUUUGAUCCAUGAAGAAGUUUCUCUGGUUUAAGCAGAUUUCCAACAAUGUCAAGCUCGAGAGACGACUCUCUCUCGGUGAAUACAAGCGAGCCGUUUCGUGGUCCAAGUAUUUGGUAUCAUCUGGUGCAGAGAUUAAAGGGGAAGGAGAAGAAGAAUGGAGCGCCGACAUGUCGCAGCUAUUUAUAGGCAAUAAAUUUGCAUCUGGGAGGCAUAGUAGAGUUUAUAGAGGGAUAUAUAAGCAAAUGGAUGUGGCAAUUAAGCUCAUAAGUCUGCCCGAGGAAGACGGAGACUUGGCUGCUUUUCUGGAGAAGCAAUUCACUUCUGAGGUCGCUUUGCUGUUUCAUUUGCACCACCCUAAUAUCAUCUCAUUUGUUGCAGCAUGUAAAAAGGCCCCCGUGUUUUGUAUAAUCACUGAGUACUUGGCUGGGGGCUCACUGAGAAAAUACCUACAUCAGCAGGAGCCAUAUUCACUUCCUCUUAACCUAGUUCUGAAGUUGGCCCUUGACAUUGCACAUGGGAUGCAAUAUCUUCAUUCUCAAGGGAUACUUCACAGGGAUCUCAAAUCAGAAAAUUUAUUGCUUGGUGAAGAUAUGUGUGUGAAGGUAGCAGAUUUCGGAAUCUCAUGCUUGGAAUCUCAAUGUGGCAGUGCAAAGGGAUUCACAGGUACUUACCGUUGGAUGGCACCGGAAAUGAUCAAAGAAAAACAUCAUACAAAGAAAGUUGAUGUUUACAGUUUUGGCAUAGUCCUCUGGGAGCUUUUAACUGCAUUGACACCAUUUGACAAUAUGACUCCUGAACAGGCUGCAUUUGCUGUCUGCCAAAAGAAUGCAAGGCCACCAUUGCCAUCUACCUGCCCCGUGGCAUUUAAAAGUCUCAUCAACCAAUGCUGGUCACGUAAUCCGAACAAGCGCCCCCAUUUUGAGAAGAUAGUUAAUAUUCUCGAAAGUUAUGCAGUGUCUCUCGAGCAGGAUCCAGAAUUCUUUUCAUCCUACAAACCUUCUGAUGGUCAUACUCUUUUGGGAUGCCUACCGAAUUGUAUCGCGGCCCGUACAUGAGCUUCUUUAGAAGUUCAAGAACUCUUCUGAAAUUAUGUGUAAUGCUAAUUGUGUAUAAUAUAUAUUUUUUCUUGUCUAGGUGUUACUGUUUUGUAGUGAUGAUUAUGAACUUUUUUAUUGCGCCCUUUCCUAUUAUUGGUGCAAAAUAUGUAUAAACAGAAAUGGUGCUUUUGGGAGGAAGAUCCCAUUCAGUCCAAAAUCUGGAUUGAAUGGUUUGGGCAUGGGUCCUAUUACGGGUCUCCUUUUGAUGAUUCGAACGGUUUAGAAUUUAUGUUAAAAAAGAAAAAACUGUAAGACAAACUUCUAUCUGAUUUAAUUUUGCAUCGUUUAAUA